UUCCAAGACAAGCCAAUCCGAUACUCGGGCAUGUGUUUUGGAGGUUCAUGCGUUGUUUACAGUGACCCGUAUUUUUAUUCUACUUUUUGAGGAAAUAGCACACGUUAUGUCUUCAAGAAUUAUACCGAUAACUCGGGCAUUGUGUUCUGCUUCCAGACUGAGCAGUCGAGUGGCUUCUUGUCUUCCUCAUGUACACAGACAAUAUAGCCCACAAAUAGCACCGUUUACGACAUCGUUUCCACAGUACUCAUCACUGAAUCAGGCAUCAGAAACGCUUGAUGUUAAGCCUGCGGAAGAACAGCUAGAUGAUGAAGUGGACAAACUGUUCAAAUACGUCGAAAUUGAAGUAAGGGGACACGAUCCUGCAGUCUUACGCAGCUACAAAUGGUAUGCUUUGGAAACUGCACGCCACUUGGACAUAAAGGUGGCAAAAACAUGGGAACCAAAGAAAGUUCACAAACGACUGACGACUUUGAAGUCUGCAUUCGCAAAGAAGAAGUACUUGGUACAGUACGAAGCUAGGACAUAUUUCCAAGUCAUGCAGUUCCAGCACCUCACUGGUUCGACUGCAGAUACAUUUUUGGAGUACGUGCAGCGGAACUUACCAGAAGGUGUUGCCAUGAAAGUGACGAAAACACAAAUUGAGCAGCCGCCGGAAUAUGUAAAGCCACCUGUACAAAUUGAAGAUCACUCUGUCAACCAAUAAUGUAGUGGCAGUAAAGUUAGGAAAUAAAUUGAGUUGUACAUCAUUA